GCUGCGUGGAUGCUGCCGGAUUUUUGGAGGCCGGAUCGGAAAAUUGCUUGCUAUCGCUCAACUUCUGGGGGAUUCCUUGAUCAUAGCUUUCUUUGAGCAGACCCACAAGCGCAACCCCUUUCGAUCGGCCUUCAGAAUGGUCAUUCUUACCGCGAGGACAGUCUUUCCCAGUACCAAGUCACCGAUCGCCAGGCGGACCUCUGGUUGGAUCCAUCGCUCAACCUGUCUGCCUACCCGGACUCGUCUCGUUCAUCAACCUGCAGCACUCUCAAGAUUCCUGGACGAUCUAUCAGCCCAUUCAGACCAAACAGCAGAGCAGCAAGAUGUCGAUCUCUACCAAAAUGAAUCUGAUGGCGUCUCUCGUAGAUCAAAUGCUUCCGAAUACGGUUCUACUAGGCAGUCGAUCAUCAAAUUACCCACCGAACUCGUCACUGGUGUUCAAGAACUCAUUCAAUCCGUUUCUCAUCGAUCGACCAUUAGGACAAACGCACUCGGCUUGUAUGGGAAAUACCGACUCACUAGCUCAAAGGAAUCAUUGAAUAUGUCCAACAACGAUUUGAUGGAUACAUUCUUCUCAGAAAAAACUACUGAAGAUGGCAAAAAGUUUGUCAAGCCCAAGCUAAGGACCACCUACGAUCAUCUCACCUCCAUCUCAUUUGCCGCCGGUGCCAUGCCCUCAGCCUAUGGCGCCACACUCAAGGUACUUCUAGAGCUCAAGCGGAGAUUGAACAGCGAUAGGAUUCGGCGCAGUCUAGAAUCUGAAUGGACACCUAAAACUCUCGUGGAUUAUGGCUCCGGAACUGGUUCGGCUCUAUGGGCGGCUCUCGAAGUUUGGCCAGAUAGUCUCAAGGAAUAUACUGGGCUCGAUAAGUCUAGCAGUAUGAUCUGGCUCAAUGAAACUCUUCUCAAAAAACGUUCCAAUCGACCGUUUCUCGGACAAGAAGCCUCAGACCUGAAGGCCUCAUUUCGAAGAAUUACAAUCUCACCAACGCAGGCUGAAAGGUUAAAACAUGCCACGACAACCUCUACAGACUGGCUCAAUCAGAUUGAAAAGGAAGAGGCGAAAGAAAAAAGACCUGAAAUCGAACUAGAACCCUCCAAGUUUGAUUGGACAGGUGAUUCGGAUGGCCUACUCGCAAUUAUGUCCUUCACCUUGAGCGAUCUUCCCAAUCAAGCCGCGAGACGUGAAGCAAUCGAGGGAAUGUGGAACAGUGGGGCUGAAACGAUGGUGAUUAUCGAUCGAGGUACACCAGCCGGAUUUCAAGUCGUUGCCGAUGCUAGACAGCAACUCCUAAUGUUAGGUCGAAGGCAGUUAAGAAGAGCGAGGUAUGAAAGGGAGGUGGCCAUUAGUUCUGAGAACAACGAAGAUGAAUAUCCGGACAACUCUGCCGCUUUAGGAUCCUGGGUCUUGGCACCUUGCCCUCACGAUAAGCCCUGCCCACUACACCUUUCAGAUAACCCGAAACACUUCUGUCAUUUUUCCCAGCGAAUCGAACGACCCAAAUUCCUAAAAGAUACAAAACAUACCACCAGACAUGAGGAGGAUGCCAAAUUUUCUUAUGUUGUCAUCAGAAGAGGUCAACGACCUCCGUCCGCUUCACUAUCCUCUGAUUUGGCCGGUUCAUCGAGGGAGACAGUGCCAAAGCCAGCAGAUGACGAUAAUGGAAACUCGUCAAGCGGUGCUGCAUUAGAAUGGCCUCGUAUCAUUCUCCCGCCACAUAAGUGCAAAGGACAUGUGAUCUUCGACGUCUGCGCCGUCUCGGGCGAAAUUGAAAGGCUUACUGUCCCUCGAUCCCAAGGAAAACAGGCUUAUUAUGACGCUCGCAAAACAUUUUGGGGCGAUUCUUGGCCGCACGGAAGCAAGAACCCUGCCAUAGUCAAAGACUUGCAAGGUCGCAACGGUAAUCGAGGUGAUCGGAGGAGGAAGAAGAAAGAGUUGAAUGUGGAAUUUGAUGAUUAAUAGCUUUGGAGUUUGGACAUGAUACAAAAUGUGAUGGGUAAAAUCACUCAAACUUUCUGCUCGGCAAUGAUGAUAACGUAAUCAAGCACUCAUCUGAUUCCACAGGGCUACCAACUAUCAUGAAAUGAAUCUAUUCAUCAACAGUCCAUUCCAUACGACUCGCGUGUUUAAAAAAAAGUCAACUUUUUACCUGUCUCAUCAAUUUUAAAAUUUGUAGAACAUUUUAUUUUUCAGCGGAAAAGAGCCUCUCAACUUAACAGUUUAAUCAAACUUUUCAAAAAAC